AACUCUUCGAUGAAGGAGAGAUCCCGCCAGGCCAGCGAUGAAUCUUUAACAUUGCUCAUCAUUAGACAACCUGUUUAUCAGACCUUCUCUUCAAUGAAAUCCCAUACAAUGGCUCUGAUCAGCACUUGCAAGAGCAUGAAAUCUGUCAAGCAAAUUCAUGCCAAAAUAAUUACAGAUGAUUUAUUUUUUCCAUAUCAAACUUCUAUGGCACUCUCAAAGUUAAUGAGCUUCUGUGCUAUUUCACCACAUGGAAGCUUAGACUAUGCUAAAAGUAUUUUCAAUGACCAAAAGAACCCACAUAUAUCAUUCUACAAUAUAAUUAUCAGAGGGCUGUCAUUAAAUAAAGAGCCUCUUGAGGCUGUUUUGUUGUACCAAAAGAUUCUUGAAAAUGGGUUGCAACCUAAUAAUUUUACUUACCCAUUUGUGAUUAAAGCUUGUUGUGAAUCAUCAGUGACUAAGUGUGGUGUUUUGGUUCAUACCCAUGUUGUGAAAUUUGGUUUAGAGUGUGAUUCUUAUAUACAAAGUUCAUUGAUUUAUUUGUAUGUGGCUAGGGAGGCUUUGGGUGAUGCUAAGAAAGUGUUUGAUGUGUGUUCUGGGGAAGAUACUGUUUGUUGGAAUGGUAUGAUUGAUGGGUAUGUGAAAUCUGGUGACAUGAUGCUUGCUAAGGAAGUUUUCGAAAGGAUGGUGUGUAGGGAUGUGAUUUCUUGGAAUACUAUGAUUAAUGGGUAUGGGAUUGUUGGUGAGAUUGAAGAAGCAAAGAGGCUGUUUGAUGAUAUGCCUGUGAGGAAUAUAGUGUCAUGGAAUACGAUGUUGUCAGCAUAUGUGAAAUGUGCGGAAGUUGAGGAUGCGCUUAAAUUGUUUCAUGAGAUGCCAUAUAGGGAUGUUAUAUCUUGGAAUGCUAUGUUAGCUUGUUAUGCACAGACCGGAAAGUCGAAUGAAGCUCUUGCGUUAUUUGAUGACAUGAAGAGGGCGGGAAUAAGGCCGACUGAAGCUACUGUGGUUAGCCUUUUAUCAGCCUGUGGUCAUUUAGGUGCAUUGGAUCAAGGGUUGCGAUUUCAUUUGUGUAUCAGAGAAAAUAAAAUUGAGAUCAACUCCGCUGUAGGUACUGCAUUGGUGGACAUGUAUGCUAAGUGUGGUAGCAUUGCUAAUGCUUCGAAAGUCUUCUAUUCAAUGAAAUCCAAAGAUAUUCUUGCGUGGAACACUAUUAUAACUGGCAUGGCUAUGCACGGCCAUGUUAAAGAGGCUCAACAACUUUUUAAGGAAAUGGAAGAAGAUAAUGUAGCUCCAGAUGAUAUAACGUUUGUCGCAAUGCUCAGUGCUUUCCGCCAUGCUGGAAUGGUAGAGGAAGGCCAAAAGCUAUUGGCUAGUAUGAGUAAUGUUUAUGGUAUCGAACCCAAGGUUGAGCAUUAUGGAUCUCUUAUUGACCUCCUUGCUCGGACCGGGAAGGUGCGAGAUGCCUUGGAUCUUAUUAAGACUAUGCCCAUGGAGCCCAAUGCUUGUGCAUGGGGUGCAUUGCUUGGCGGCUGCAGGAUUUAUGGAAAUGCUGAAAUGGGUCAACAAGUUGGAAAGCACCUCAUCGAUCUCCAGCCAGAGCAUAGUGGCCGCUAUGUACUUCUCUCAAACAUAUAUGCUGCAGCAAAACGUUGGGAUGAUGUCAAGAAGGUGAGAAAUCAUAUGAAAGUCAAGGGCAUUAAAAAGGUUCCAGGAGCAAGUGUGAUAGAAUUGAAGGGAACUGUGCACAGAUUUGUUGCAGGAGAUUGGUCUCACCCAGAAUCGAAACAAAUUCAUGAAAAGUGGGUUGAGAUAUCGACACAGCUACAGAUUACUGAUGGAUAUGCACCGGAUACAGAUCAAGUCUUACUGGAUAUACAAGAGGAGGAGAAAGAGAAUGCUUUAUCUGUUCAUAGUGAAAAGCUGGCCAUUGCAUACGGAUUUCUACACCUUGGUUCACAUGAAGCCAUCAGAAUUGUCAAGAACCUCAGAGUUUGUAGAGAUUGUCACGAUGUCACAAAGCUGAUUUCUAGACAUUAUGGCCGAGAAAUUAUUGUAAGGGACAGGAACCGUUUUCACCACUUUAAAGAUGGUGUCUGUUCUUGCAAGGAUUUCUGGUAGAUAAGGAUGUAAAAGAAUGAUGCCGCUUUUUUACGGGACAGAUAGAUAACAAGGGAGGUGAUGAUUUAAAUUUCAUUCACCAAUGAAGUGACAGACAAAUAAGUAAAUAUGUUUCCUACUUUUUGCGAAUUAUUCAUCUUCUUUUUCUUGGUGAUGAAUAUAUCUUUAGCAGAUUAUGCA